AUGUCUACAACAGCAGCACCAGCAAAGACUUACAGAGUUAUGAUCAAGGAGGCUAUCUCCACCUUGAAAGAAAGAAAUGGCUCUUCUCGUCAAUCAUUGAAAAAAUACGUUCAAAGCAAUAACGAUAUCAAGGGCGGCAAUUUCGAUUCAUUGUUCAAUACCGCUUUGAGAAAAGGUGUUGAAGCAGGUGAGUUCCUUCAGCCAAAGGGCCCCUCGGGACCUGUGAAAUUGAGCAAGAAAGAACCCGCUCUUAAGGACUCCAAGGCAAAGAAAUCGCUGGCUGCUAAGAAAUCCGUUAAGAAAACUUCUGCAAAAUCAGAAGCUGCAGGUUCUACUGACUCAAAGUCAAAACCAAAAGCAAAGCCAAAAGCAAAGGAUCCUUCCAAGAAAUCAACCACCAAAAAGGCAGGAGCAGCAGGAGCAACCGUUAAAAAACCAGCUGCUAAAAAGGUUACCAAACCUGCAAUUACAAAGAAAGCUACCAGUGCUUCGGCUUCAAAGAAAACAGCUCCAAAGAAGGCUAAAAAGUAA